UCCCUUAGAGUCACAGUCAAAAGCUUGGGUGAGGACAAGCAGACCGCGGUGGGUCGAGCCCUACAAAACUCGCCCCAGUAGGUCAGCAAGCAAGGCGAGCUUCCCAGCGGUGCCUCCCCAAUCUGUGCCCCUAGCGGUACACGGAAGCCUGAAAGUUCGUGGGUCCGGUGGAUCCCUGGACACACUGGGAUUCAGGACCAACGCCCAUCAUGCACUCAGAGAGUGCUCCAAGGUUCCAGGCGCUCCUGUUGCCUAUCCUGCUGCUGCUCCUGGCCACACCGCCUGUGGUUAGCAAGGGCUGCAUCUGCAAAGGCAAGGGCCGGUGCUUCUGCGUGGGGACCAAAGGGGAGAAGGGGGAGAAAGGCUGUGCUGGGCCCCCUGGUUUACCUGGCCAGAAAGGAUUUCCAGGUCCUGAAGGAUUGCCUGGACCACAGGGACCCAAGGGCUCUCCAGGACUUCCAGGGCUCACUGGCCCCAAAGGCAUCAGGGGAAUAACUGGAUUACCAGGAUUUUCAGGUCCUCCUGGACUUCCAGGCAUCCCAGGCCACCCUGGGCCUCCCGGGCUGGCUGGUUUACCUGGAUGCAAUGGUUCUAAGGGUGAACAAGGAUUCCCAGGCAUUCCGGGGACACCAGGCUAUUCGGGGCUCCCAGGUCCUGCUGGUUUGAAAGGACAAAAAGGUGAGCCUGCUCAAGGAGAAGACAGGGAACUCAAUGGCAAAGGUGACCCUGGGCUUCCAGGGCCUCCAGGCUUCCAGGGUUUUCCAGGCCCCCCAGGUUUUCCAGGGCCUGCCGGUCCACCUGGUCGUCCGGGAGAUUUUGGUCUUCCAGGUGCCGUGGGACCCAGAGGACCAAAAGGUCAUAUGGGCGAUAAUGCCAUAGGACAAAAAGGAGAAAGGGGUGUGAAAGGAUUGACAGGACCUCCUGGGCUGCAAGGAACAGUGAUUGUUACACUCAUCCACCCAAACAACACAUCGGACUUCAAGGGGGAGAAAGGAGAUACGGGAGAGAUGGGUGAACCUGGGCGUCCCGGACCCUUGGGGCCACCUGGAGACUCCUAUGGAUCAGAAAAGGGUGUUCCUGGAGAGCCUGGUCCAAGGGGGAAACCUGGAAAAGAUGGUGCACCUGGCUUCCCUGGCACUGAGGGAGCCAAGGGCAACAGGGGCUUUCCUGGGUUGAGGGGUGAAGCUGGCAUUAAGGGAUGGAAAGGAGACAUUGGCCCUCCAGGAUUCCCUGGUCCAACAGAAUAUUACUAUGCGUACCUGGAAAAGGGAGACAAAGGAAUGCCAGGCCCACCUGGGCCCAAAGGUGCUCGUGGCCCACAGGGUCCUAGUGGUCCCCCUGGAGUUCCUGGAAGCCCUGGUCUGUCAAGGCCUGGCCUCAGAGGACCUCCUGGAUGGCCAGGCUUGAAAGGAAGUAAAGGGGAGAGAGGACCCCCUGGAAAAGGCACUGUGGGCCCUCCUGGACCCCUGGGCUGCCCGGGUUCACCAGGUCCACCAGGCCCACCAGGACCUCCAGGACUUCCAGGUAACAUUGUUUUUCAACCGGGACCACCUGGUGAUCAUGGAGUGCCAGGCAAUAUUGGACCUCCAGGAGACCCAGGAAUUGGCGGGCCGAAAGGAGAACCAGGCCUUCCGUGCACAGAGGUCCAUUGCAUCCCAGGGCCCCCUGGUCUCCCCGGAUUUCCAGGACUAGAUGGUGUCAAAGGUAUCCCAGGAGGACGAGGUGCACCUGGCAUGAAAGGAAACCCGGGGUCCCCCGGAAGCCCAGGUCUCCCAGGAUUUGCAGGAUUCCCAGGGGACCAAGGGCACCCAGGACUGAAAGGAAGCAAAGGUGAAACACCUCUACCCUGGGGGCAAAUGGGUGACCCAGGUGAACCUGGACUCAGAGGCCUGCCAGGGAGAAAGGGCUUCGAUGGAAUUCCUGGAAGUCCAGGAGCAAAGGGAUCGCCAGGACCUAGAGGUGAACCGGCCCUGAGUGGAAGGAAAGGGGACCAGGGACCUCCAGGGGCUCCUGGAUCACCUGGACCUCCGGGACCCCCAGGACCAGCUGGACCACCGGGCUAUGGACCUCGAGGAGAAACAGGUCCAAAGGGAACGCAAGGAGUUCCUGGAGCUCCGGGACCACCUGGAGAAGCCGGUCUUAAAGGAGAACCGGGCAUAUCAACACCAGUUCCAGGUCCCCCAGGACCUCCAGGGCCCCCUGGGCAGGCCGGUCGCCGAGGUCUACCUGGUUUGCCUGGACCUGUGGGAAUAUGUGAGCCUGGUCUUCCUGGACCUGAUGGUGAACCAGGGCUCCCAGGAAUUGGACUUCCUGGGCCUCCAGGACCUAAAGGAGAUCAAGGUUUCCCAGGAACAAAAGGAUCACCUGGUUGUCCUGGGGAACCGGGAAAGCCAGGCCGUCCUGGAGAACCAGGCCACCCAGGAGCCAAGGGAGAACCAGCACUGGCCAAGCCCGGGGAACCCGGAAAGCCUGGCUUCCCAGGAGAAAGAGGCAAUCCUGGGGAAAGUGGAGAAAUCGGACUCCCGGGGCCUCCAGGCCUCCCUGGACCUCCAGGAAAGGAUGGACCUGAUGGGCCUCCAGGAGACCCAGGACACCCUGGACCACCUGGAGCAAAAGGAACCCCAGGGAGGUGCACACAAGGACCCAAGGGUGUCCAAGGACUUCCGGGCCUAAAUGGACUGAAAGGGCAACCAGGUAGAAGAGGCGAUACGGGGCCAAAGGGAGACCCUGGCAUCCCAGGCUUGGACAGGUCAGGAAUGCCUGGAGAACCCGGCCCACCAGGAAUGCCAGGUCAUCCAGGUGAGAUAGGACCCCCUGGCUGGAAAGGACAUCCAGGAGCUCCAGGAUUCCCAGGGCUACCAGGCGAGAAAGGAGAGCUUGGGAUGAUGGGUUAUCCUGGAACCACUGGUCCUCCGGGGUCUCCUGGGAAACCAGGUUCACAGGGGCAGAGAGGUAGCCUUGGAAUCCCAGGAAUAAAGGGGGAAAGAGGACACCCGGGAGCCAAAGGUGAACGAGGAGAGAAGGGAAAUCCUGCAUCUCUCCAAAUUCCACAUUUAAAGGGGUACAAAGGAGAACCGGGACUCAAAGGAUUUGUAGGAAAUCCGGGUGAAAAAGGAGACAGAGGCAUUCCAGGGUUACCAGGUCUGAAAGGCUUUGAGGGACUGCCUGGGCCUCCAGGCCCUCCAGGCCCUAGAGGAGACAUGGGACGCAGUGGGAAUCCUGGAGGACCAGGGCCAGGCGGCAUGCCGGGAAUCAUGGGGAACAUGGGUGUGCCAGGCCCUAAAGGGAGAAAAGGAACUUUGGGACUACCAGGUCUAGCUGGAAGACCAGGCCUUCCAGGGAGUCGUGGUCCCCAAGGAGAUAAGGGGGAACAAGGUCAUUCAGAAGGUGCAAGGCCAGGACCACAGGGUCCAAAGGGCGAUCCAGGAUUGCCAGGUGACAAAGGAAAGAAAGGAGAGAGAGGCCCACCUGGGCCACCUGGACAAUCGGGACUUGCUGGACCUGAUGGAGCCCCUGGGAGUCCUGGAAGUCCUGGCCACCCAGGGAAUCUGGGUCCUGGUGGUGAUUUGGGUCCUAAAGGAAAGAAGGGCUUCCCAGGCCUUCCAGGAAGCACUGGCCCUCCAGGCCCUCCAGGAUUCCUAGGACCUCCUGGACCAAUGGGUAUGAGAGGUAACCAGGGCCGUGACGGAAUUCCUGGUCCACCCGGAGAAAAGGGAGAAACAGGCUUGCUGGGGGCCCAUCCAGGCCCAAAAGGGAGCCCUGGUGUUCCAGGUGUCAAAGGAGACAAGGGAGCUCCAGGCUUGCCUGGCCUUCCUGGCAGGAAGGGGACCAUGGGAGAUGUUGGACCUCAAGGACCCCCAGGCAUCAGUGGACUCCCAGGACCACCAGGUCUACCUGGGGCAUUUGUCCCUGGCCCAAAAGGAAACAGAGGUCUUCCUGGCCCAAGUGGAAGUCCAGGAAAGCCAGGUCCCCCUGGACCUCCAGGACUUAUCAUAAAAGGCAUAAAAGGUGACAAAGGAUUUGUGGGCCUACCUGGCCCCAAAGGUCUACCUGGAACUGUAGGCGACAUGGGCCCACCAGGGCACCCGGGAGCCCCGGGUAUCCCAGGUCUUCCAGGUCUCAGAGGUGAUCCGGGAUUCCCUGGAUUUCCCGGCAUAAAAGGAGAGAAGGGUAAUCCAGGAUUUCUUGGAUCAAUUGGACAUCCAGGACCCAUUGGGCCGAAAGGACCACCUGGUGAACGUGGAAAACCUGGUACACGUAAGAUCAUCUCCCUUCCGGGAAGCCCAGGGCCACCUGGUCCGCCUGGACAGCCAGGAAUGAAAGGAGAUCCUGGGUCACUGGGACCGCCUGGAAUCCCAGGGCCCUGUGGACCAAAAGGUAAACCAGGCAAGGAUGGAAAACCAGGAUCUCCAGGAGCAGCUGGUGAAAGGGGCAACAAAGGCUCUAAAGGCCAGCAAGGACUGCCUGGAUUAGACGGAUUGCCAGGCUUAAAGGGAAAACCUGGAGACAGGGGAACACCUGCCUCUGGGACAAGAAUGCAAGGAUUUGUCUUCACCCGACACAGUCAAACCACAGCCAUUCCUUCAUGUCCUGAAGGAACACAGCUGCUCUACAGUGGGUUUUCUCUUCUUUUUGUGCAAGGAAAUGAGCGUGCACACGGACAAGACCUUGGCACUCUGGGCAGCUGCCUGCAGCGAUUCUCCACAAUGCCAUUCUUAUUCUGUAACAUCAAUAAUGUAUGUAACUUUGCAUCACGGAAUGAUUAUUCAUACUGGCUGUCAACACCAGCUCUGAUGCCAAUGGACAUGGCUCCAGUUACGGGCAGAGCUCUCGAACCCUAUAUUAGCAGGUGUAUGGUCUGUGAAGGUCCUGCCAUGGCCAUAGCUGUUCACAGCCAAACGCCAGCUGUCCCUCCAUGUCCCCAUGGCUGGGUUUCUCUCUGGAAAGGGUUUUCCUUCGUUAUGUUCACAAGUGCUGGCUCCGAGGGAGCGGGACAAGCGCUCGCCUCACCCGGCUCCUGCCUGGAGGAGUUCCGAGCCAGUCCGUUCAUAGAAUGCCAUGGACGAGGAACGUGUAACUACUAUUCAAACUCCUACAGCUUCUGGCUGGCUUCUUUAAACCGAGAAAGAAUGUUCAGAAAGCCUAUUCCAUCAACUGUGAAAGCUGGAGAUUUAGAAAAAAUCAUAAGCCGCUGUCAGGUGUGCAUGAAGAAAAGACACUGAAGAAAUCAAAGAAAAUAGAACCACGUUUUUCCUUCUUGAAAUGCAAAGUCAUGGUUCAGUACAUGGAUUUUCCUUGGGUCUUUUCUUCUCUAACCUCGCAGUGUUGUUCAGUGACGAUCUGGUAGUGGCACGUUUCACUACACCAGAAAGCAUUUCAUUCAAGUUAGUCUGUGGUGUGGGUCUAUAAACCUGUGUGGUUUCAAAGUCCCCCCUAGGAAGGCAACAGCUCUCCACAAAAUAUCACUGAAAUCACAUUCCGCUUGUACACAAAGCACUGACUAAAUGAUGUCUGUGUGGAGCUUGAACUGCAAGCUAAGGGAGAGUUGGUCCAGGGGAUGUUCAACGUAUUCCUUGUCUACCACUUUGACCUAAGGAAUUUGGUUUCUUCCUACUUCCUUUCUGAGACCUUAGACUUCAGCUAGAGAAGGAAAUGGGGCUAUACAGUACACGAGCACAUCAUGACCGGAACUGGAUAGUCAGACCUAUUGAGAAGAACACACAUGGAUGAGGUUCAUGAUGUUUCAGGACUCAUUUAAAUAUGCCCAAAGCUAGGACCAAAGGAAACUUCCUGAAGGGAAUCAUAAUAGGCUUUGAUAUAAAGUAGGGUUUUUUUUUUCUGUUUUGUUGACGAUGUCUAUUUGCUAUUUUACUAUGGCCAUAGAUUGAAAGGGGAUAAAAUGUUUACCCUUAGGGGAUUAAUUUUUACUAGGAUGUUAUACACAUACACUGAAAUACUUCUCUUCAUUGUUCUUAAUGUACUCACAAGUAACAAGGACACUAUUUACUAAAUGUGCACUUUAUCCCAAUUCCUGUAGAUACUGGCCUUAAAGAAUUUCACUAGUAGUUCAAUAACCCAGGGAAGAAUGAGAGGCAUUUGCUGGUGUAUCAGACUUCAAACAUUUUUCUUUGAUCGAAAUAGUUCAUGACACGAUUUUACAGAUUUGUUCCUUUUCUAACUUAUCCUUUGGAAAACAUUACACACAUACACGUUUUUAUGUUAUAUAUUCUCAACAACCAUGUGGAGAGACCACUGGGUGUAAACCUUACUGUAUGUCUUAAAACUUGUUUUUAAGUAUAUUGAUACAUUCCCAAGUUUACUUAAUUCAGCCCAACAAAUAUUUUCUUCAGUACCAACCUAUGUCCCAUAUACUGAGCAGGGUCUCAGGGAAAGGUAGUGAGACAAACUUGUUUCUGAUAUAAUCAUGAGAGGGCAACUUAUUCUUUGUGUAAAGACUCUCACAUAUGCAAGACCUUCCCUACACACACACACACACACACACACACAGAGAGAGAGAGAGAGAGAGAGAGAGAGAGAGAGAGAGAGAGAGAAGACACACACAUCAAAACCAACCAACCAGUCUCAUAUUUAGGUGUAGCUCUCCCCUCAUUAUUGUUGUGGUUUUUUUUCCUUUACCACUGUUUCCAAUAGUUCAUAACAAUUCAGAAGGCCUGAGAAAAAGUUUAAAAAUAAGAACUAUAAGGCCGGUGCAGCAGUUAAGAGCACUUGUUGCUCUGGCAGAAGCCACCGGUACCCAUACUGGGUGAUUCACAGUGACACCUACUGCUGGCCCCUUUGUGUGCACACACGUGUAUACACACACACACACACACACACACUCAGUCACAUAUCAAUGUGCGCAAAAUUUUAAAAUUUAAAAAAAGAUCUAUGCUCAAGGAGUUCAUGAUCUUUAACUUCUUUUAGUCACCCAGAAGCAAAAGCUUGAAAACUAUUACGAAAACAAACAUUUCAUAAGUCAAAUAUUUGUAGUAGUAUUUAAUGACUCAUGGAGGCCAGGCAUCAUGAGGCGAAGCUUACAUUUCUUGAUCCACGAUCCACGAAGGUGGAGCUGAUGGUGCUGAUACUUACGUUCAGGCGGGUGCUGUAAUCUCAUCUACUUUGUAUUGGAAAAUGUGACCCGAGGACAUAGACAAGGGUUGACAUUCUCUGUAACUCACAUGACAGGUGCCAAGACAUUUUUACACCUGAACUAAGACGUGCAACAUCUCAUUUCAAUUAUGUAUUUCACCUAACUUUCCUAUUCAAAAACCAUCCACUGUCCUUGUUCCAUUCUAGCUGUAAAAAGAAGGAACUAGCCUUGACCAGUGUGGCCCCUUAGUAGUCGUAGCAGCAGCAGCCAGGAGCUUGUUAUCAAUGCAAUUCCAGAAUAUUCCAAACCUGCAAAAUUAGAAACUGUAAUUGGAGACCAGAAGUCUCUUUCAUUUUGCUGAGAGGCAUUUCAUCAUAUAGCCCAGGCUGGCCCCCCAAUCACAAUUUUUCUAUCUUAGCCUCCCAGAAUUUUGUUUUAAAUGUUUCCCCCCAUGAUUCUGGUGCACUCUGCUCACUAGGGAAACAUUCAAGGAACUGGCCCCACCCCCUUGGCCAUUGCCUUUUUAAAAAAUCCACAGGUGUUUGCGUUUCAGGGAAAACCAUUUUACUACCAGACUGGUGCUGAUGUCAAAUGGCUGCCUUCCAUUUGCCCCUAGACCUCUUUUUCCUCUGGUCCUCUUAUCAGUAUUUGACUUCUGGGGGAAAGACAGGCAACACUGAACACAUAAAUCCCAAUGAAGCCAUUUCAACAGCUAUUCAGCCAUGCUUCUAAGGGUGUGCAUUAAAAUACAGUCCAUAUAUAUUAUUUCCCAAAUGUCUAUGAGUAAAUUAUAAAGUUAAAAUUUAACUUCAUCUUGCUGGAGAAAUGGCUCAGGGUUAAGAAUACUGGCUGCUCCACAGAGGACCAGAGUACAGUUCUCAACACCCAGGUCAGGCAGCUCACACCUGCCUGUAAUUCCAGCUCAAAGAGAUCCAACUGGCCUCCAAGGACACCCAUACACAGGUGGCAUUCACUUGCACAGGCACAGACACAUAUAUAAAAAUAAAUCUUUAAAAAUUAUUAACUUAACAAAACGUUUGUUUUAAAUUUGGUGCUUCAACUUCAGAAUUUCACAGUGUGCUAGAACAACCAACUUGUCAACGGCUUGUUUUUGCAAGGUAAACAUUAUUAAUUUAUUUAUAAAAGUAUUAAAAACGUUUAAAUUUGAAUUUUAUUGUUAAUUUCACAAGGAUUUUCUAUACUUCAAAUGUAACUUACUACCACUAAACUUAAUUUAAUAUUUUCUGUAUAAUAACCAAGCUAAACUUAUUUAAAAUAUAUUGACUAUUUUAUGCUGUUAUCUCCUGAAAAAAUUAUAUUACAAUGUACUAAUAUUUGUGUAAAUAUAACUAAAGUUCUAUUGUUUUGACAAAAAUAAAAUUAAAAGAACAACUGUA